UGUAUUUGAAUUUUAGCAGGCAGUAUUCCAAACACUGCUUAUGAUGGAAUUUCUGAAUAACUCUAUACUUAGAAGAAGAACUACAUGCAUUGCGAUGCAUUUAUGGAGAAGCAAAAUGAUACAAAAGGCUUCAGUAGUUAGAAAGAUUAGUACUACUUCUCCAAAGUUAACUGUUAUGCCUGCUUGGGUGAUAGAUAAAUAUGGGAAGAAUGACGUGCUUCGAUUCACUCAGAACAUGAUGAUACCUGUCAUAACCUAUCCGAAUGAAGUCAUUAUCAAAGUCCACGCUGCAAGUGUAAAUCCUAUAGAUGUUAAUAUGAGAAGUGGUUAUGGAGCUACAGCUUUAAAUAUGAAACGUGAUCCCUUACAUAUUACAACCAAGGGAGAUGAAUUUCCUCUGACUCUGGGCCGGGAUGUCUCUGGUGUGGUGAUGGAGUGUGGCCUUGAUGUGAAAUACUUCAAGCCUGGAGAUGAGGUGUGGGCUGCAGUUCCUCCCUGGAAACAAGGCACUUUCUCAGAGUUUGUUGUGGUCAGCGGAGAUGAGGUCUCUUACAAACCUAAAUCACUCACUCAUAGUCAAGCUGCAUCUUUGCCAUAUGUGGCUCUCACAGCCUGGUCUGCCAUAAACAAGGUUGGUGGCCUGAAUGACAAAAAUUGCACAGGAAAACGUGUAUUAAUCCUGGGUGCUUCAGGCGGUGUUGGUACUUUUGCCAUACAGGUAGUGAAAGCCUGGGGUGCUCAUGUCACAGCAGUUUGCUCUCAGGAUGCCAGUGGACUUGUGAGGAGGCUUGGAGCAGAUGAGAUGAUUGAUUAUAAGUCAGGAAACGUGGAAGAGCAGUUAAAGUCCUUACAACCGUUUGAUUUCAUUCUUGAUAAUGUUGGUGGAUCCACUGAAACAUGGGCUCUAAAUUUUCUCAAGAAAUGGUCUGGAGCCACAUAUGUGACCCUGGUGACUCCUUUCCUGUUGAACUUGGAUCAGUUGGGCAUUGCAGAUGGUAUGUUGCAGACAGGAGUCACUGUGGGCUCCAAGACAUUAAAGCAUUUCUGGCAAGGAGUCCAUUAUCGUUGGGCCUUUUUCAUGGCCAGUGGUCCAAGUUUAGAUGAAAUUGCAGAACUUGUGGAUGCAGGAAAGAUUCAGCCAGUUAUUGAGCAAACUUUUCCUUUUUCUAAAGUUCCAGAAGCCUUCCUGAAGGUUGAAGGAGGACAUGCACGGGGAAAGACUGUAAUUGAUGUAGUUUAAAUAAAUAUUAAGUUU